AUGGCGUCCCAGAAGUCUCGAGUACUACUUCUUGGUAGCGGUGGCGUUGGUACUAUUGCUGCUUUGAAUCUCGAGAUUGGAGGUCUGGCCCAGGUCACGUCUGUCUUGCGGUCUAAUUAUGCGGCAUGUUUUGAUGCAACAGUCCUCAAUAAUGUUCCCAGCGUUGCGGACUCGGUCACUGUCCGACCCUUUGACUACGUCGUGUGCUGCACAAAAAAUGUUCCCGAUAUCUCGCCCACUGUGUGUGAAACUAUCGCUCCUGCAAUCUCACCCGGUCGUACGGUAAUCGUUCUUGUACAAAAUGGCUUAAAUAUCGAGAAACCCUUCCUCCGCAGAUUCCCAUCUAAUAUCAUACUGUCCGGUGUCAGUCGCAUAGAUGCUCAUGAGGUCGCCCCCGGUAUCAUAGAACAGAGACAAAAGGACAUCCUGUAUGUUGGGGCAUUUGAAAACUGCCUCAUACCUUACGAAGAGCAGCAAAAGGCAGCUCAACACUUCGUCAAAAUCUACAGUGCGGGGUUGAGAACAACCUGUUCCUACAAACCUAACGUGCGUUAUGAUCGUUGGGUUAAGUUGAUCAACAAUGCCUCAUUCAACCCAAUUUGUGCCCUGACGGGUUUGACGACGGGCGAGUUGCAGCGGACAUCUGGGGCCGUUGACAAUUUACUUAUUCCCGCGAUGAAAGAGAUCAUUUCUGUGGCAGAAGCAGAUGGUUACUCGCUUCCAGGGGUUAUAAUAAAGGAGACCAUUCAAAGUAACCCACCAGACGAGGACAUAUCCCCUAGCAUGUUGGUAGACAUACAAAAGGGCAAUUUCAUCGAGCACGAAAACAUUCUGGGGGAAGUCAUUCGCGAGGCCAGAAAGGGCGAGGGGGUGGCAACACCUAUUCUAUCCACCUUGUACGAGUUAUGUUGCAUGGUUCAAUGGAGGACCAAGAAGGAAAAGGGCCGGCUUGAGUCUGGAAUGUGA